AUGGUAAAAUUUUUUUCCAAUAAAAAUAACUCUUGGGAAAAAUUUUCAGAAAUUGAAUCCAAGAUUUCCAAAAUUGAAACUCAAAUAGAAAAUGCCAAGGAGUUUCAUAAUAGAAUUUUUUGGAAUUUUGUUUUCAUUAGCCUUUUUAUUGAAAUUAUCCUAGUAUUAAUUUCAAUAUAUAGAUCUUUUACAUGCUACACCUUUUAUGAGAAUACAUGGUGGUAUGCUUUAUGUUUAUUAUUCUCAUUUUUAUCCUUUAUUGUAGCUAAAGGUUAUAGAUUUUUAUUUUAUUCUUUAAUAAAAAUCUAUGAAUAUAGAUUAAAAAAAUUAUUAAUUGGUUUGGAAAAAGUAUUAAAUGAUAAAAAAUUGGAAACCAAUUAUGAAAAAAUUGUAAAAUAUGAAAAUUUAUUAAAAAAAAUGAAGUGUAAUAAUAGGGGUUUACUAGAGAACCAAAAACCACAACAACUUCAACAACCACAGCAACCAAGACAACCACAAAUUAUAAAUAGUAGUGUUCAAAAUAAAAAAAAUUCCUUUGUAUUGAUUGCAAUUUUUUUAAUUCUUAUAAGAAGAGAUAAUAGGGUUAAUAAUCAAAAUGAUCAAUUAUAA